AAGCACUAACUUUACAAAAAAAGAUUUUUAUACGUGGGAUCAAGAUAACUACACUAAUUCUAAAACUAUUUUGAAAUUAAAAAAACGUAGCAUAUAACAUUACGAAAUAGAAAAAUAUUUUUUUCGUUACACCUUCAGGCAGGAACAUUAAAUCUUUUAGUGGCGGUAUAUUUAGCGUUAUAUCAACUCCUCGAACUUAGUCGAGUUCAUUAACCCGGGAUACCUAAUAUAGCUACGAUAAUUUUAAGGUUACUGGUAUCUAGCUGUGUGGCUAACGAUCGGCAACAAGGAAAACUGGACUAUUCGCUAUUAACCGUAAACUAGCACUGAGAGAAAAAAUCUGACAGCGCUGUCAACGAGCCGCCUGAUUGGUCGGGGCCUGGAAAGGAGCGAACCGGCACCAAGAAUGUGCAGGCCGCAGCGUCUGUUAUUUGGAGGGGAAAAUACAGCAUUUGGGAUUAAUUUACAACGAUAGUGGAGAAAACGUUCCCGCGGCUGCUGGGGGUGACUCGGAGGGGAGAAAAGUUACUCGGCACGGGAUGUACAAAAUGGCGGAACACAAGACGGCCGUCUGUGACAGCACUCACAGCUAGCUAACUAGCUAGUUCUAUUUAUGUGCACACCCUAUAGUCUCACAGUUUGAAUGUCUUUCAUAACCAUGUCGCUGUAUUGAUUUGUCUGUCUGGUGUCCUGCACAACUUGUAGAGCAUUUAAGUGGUCUAUGCUGUAUUUUUUAUGAAUGUUUUUCGAUGGUUGUUUUUUUCGUUAAGUCUACAGAUAAUCUGACAAGGGAAGCAGCAAUGUUUAAUCAGUCAGCAGCGGCGAUGCACGGUUGGGAGGUUUCUUUUCUCCUUGAUGGAAGAGAAAAACCCAUACUCUUUGAUCCUGGUUUGUUUGAGAAAAUUACAUCAAAUGUGAAGAUUUUUGAAAAUAAUACAUAAUGGACCAAGGUGGAGGCGUCUUGGAGUUUCAGUUGCAAGAUGCAAAAAUGCCUCACACAAUGAUAAUGCAGGACUUCGUGGCUGGCAUGGGGGGUAUGGCACACAUCGAUGGUGACCACAUCGUGGUGUCAGUCCCGGAGGCAGUGCUGGUGUCGGAUGUGGUCACAAGCGAGGACAUCACACUAGAAGAUGAUCUGGAGGAAGAGGUGGUUGAGGAACCAGACAUCUCCUCCGACGAAAUGGUGAAUGCUGAUGGUAUGGUUGUGUCAGAGUCUGCUCUUGGUGCUGAAGUGGCCAUCGAAGAGCACCUGGACUCUGAUCACCAUGUAAUCACUGCUGACCUCAUCGAAGAGUCUGUUAAUGUCCCAGAUCAAGUCUUUGAAAUGGUGUCAGAAGAGGUGAUGGUUUCCAACUGUGACUUGGAAACAGUCGUGCAGACUCAUCAGGGUAUACCAGCUUCUACAGUCAACCUUAAGGCAGAAGAUGAUGAUGAAAAAAGACCCUCUGAGGACUACCUAAUGAUCUCCUUGGACGAAGUUGGGGAGAAACUUGACAUAGGGAAUACUCCUCUGAAGAUAAGUACAGAGGAGACUGAUGAGGGCUCCAAAGGAGAUGGCUAUGGCUCUGAGGUCAUUAAGGUGUACAUCUUCAAAGCAGAAGCUGACGAUGAUGUGGAUAUAGGUGGGACAGAGGUUGUAACAGAGAGUGACUUUCCUAAUGGCCAUGCUGGUCUGGAGCAGGGAGGGGUUGGGAGGCCUCAAAGAGAAAAGAUGGUCUACAUGGCCGUAAGAGACACUUCCCAGGGAGAUGAGGAGCUGAAUUCUGCAGAGAUUACUGAUGAGGUAUACAUGGAAGUAAUUGUGGGGGAAGAGGAUGCCCCUGUUAUCAAAGAGGCACUGGAAGAACCACCUGUCAACAAGACGUUCGUCCCUGUGGCAUGGGCUGCCGCCUAUGGUAACAGUUUGGAACCAAGGCUGGAGAACAAAAACAGACCAGCUACUCAGUACCUUCAAAUCUGUGACAGCCUUAGCACUGGCAGGGCUCUCAAGCAAAGGACCAAAAAGAAAAAGAAAGGAGAGACUCGCCAUUGUCAGACUGCUGUAAUCAUUGGCCCAGAUGGACAGCCUUUGACGGUCUACCCAUGUCAUAUUUGUGGGAAGAAGUUCAAAUCACGAGGCUUCCUGAAGCGCCACAUGAAAAACCAUCCUGACCAUAUGUUCAAGAAGAAAUACCAGUGCACAGACUGUGACUUUACCACCAACAAGAAGGUGAGUUUCCAUAACCACCUGGAGAGCCACAAACUAAUCAUCAAGAGUGAGAAGGUCCCAGAGUUCUCAGAGUACACACGGCGCUACUGUGAGGCUAGCCCUCUCAGUUCGAACAAGCUCAUAUUGCGAGACCGGGAGCCCAAGCUCCACAAAUGCAAGUACUGUGACUACGAGACGGCUGAACAGGGCCUAUUAAACCGGCACUUGUUGGCCGUACAUAGCAAAACCUUUGCCCAUGUGUGUGUGGAGUGCGGCAAAGGCUUUCGACAUCCGUCUGAGCUGAAGAAACACAUGCGGACACACACAGGUGAGAAGCCGUAUCAGUGCCAGCAUUGUGAGUUUCGCUGUGCUGAUCAGUCAAACUUAAAAACUCAUAUCAAGAGCAAGCAUGGAAGUGACCUGCCAUUCAAGUGUGGCCACUGCUCCCAGGCCUUUGCUGAUGACAAGGAGCUGCGGAAGCAUACAGAGAUCUUUCAGGGACACAAGACGCAUCAAUGUCCGCACUGUGACCACAAGAGCACAAACUCCAGUGACCUUAAGAGGCACAUCAUCUCUGUUCACACUAAGGACUUCCCACACAAGUGCGAUGUCUGUGAAAAGGGCUUCCACAGGCCUUCUGAGCUCAAGAAGCACGCAGAGACACACAAGGGCAGCAGGGUGCACCAGUGCCGACACUGUGACUUCAAGAUCUCUGACCCCUUCACACUUAGCCGGCACAUCUUAUCGGUCCAUACCAAGGACCUGCCGUUCAAGUGUAAGCGCUGCAAGCGAGGCUUCCGUCACCAAAACGAACUGAAGAAGCACAUGAAAACGCACAGUGGCCGAAAGGUGUACCAGUGCCAGUAUUGCGAAUAUAACACUACAGAUGCCUCAGGUUUUAAACGUCACGUCAUAUCCAUCCACACCAAAGACUAUCCCCACCGGUGUGAUUACUGCAAGAAGGGUUUCCGCAGACCCUCGGAAAAAAAACAGCAUAUUAUGAGGCAUCACAAAGAAGUGUUGAUGUAAUGUUAAUCACUCCCCCCAAUCACUGUGUAAAAAGCCCUUUUCACAAUAUAGUAGAGACGUAUUUAUAUAAGAACUAUACAGAACUGUUGUACUUUUUAUUGAUAAUGCUCACCAUACAUUUGCAAAUGGUAAAGACAAAGAAACGGGUUAUAAAUUAUGGUGAGGGGUUACGUUAUGAUAAUGUCUUCACUUUCGUUUGCAUCAUUUUGCUCUAAAAAUGUCAUUUGUCAAAUUUCAAGGUUUUUUUUUUUUCCUUUAACAGCUUUUCUGUUCAAAUAAUACACCAUGUAAGUGUAAUAUGUCUACAUUGGAGUUCUGCUAUAAAUCUACUAAAUCAGCGUCUGUCACAUCUUCAUUGUUUAAGGGUGCAUUUGUUAUCCCAUCCUCAAGACCCAAUCAACGACUUAUGUUGAUACAUUAGCAUUUGCAAGUUUAUUUUUCUUUUUUUUUGGGGGGGGACAAACAGAUUAAUGGAGAAAACCACCCUAAUAUAUUAACUGCUGUCCAAAAAUGUUCCUCUGGGGUGAUAGAGAUGAUUGACACAGCUGGAGUAGGUUGCUCAAGGGUCAAUAGAUCCUGAUAGCAAUAUUGCACUUGAUAGAUGACACUAGCAAUUAAAUUCACUUACAAAAUGUCUUUAUAAGCUUGUAUUUUUGCACAUAUUACCCAUAAUUUUUUUUAUGUCAGGAGCACAUGCAUUUUCACACCUUCAAUUUUUCUUGCAGGUUCUGUAAUGUGUUCAUGCACUGUUUUAUAUAUGCCAUAAAUACUUUAUUUCCAGUUGUUAUAAUCUGUUAUACGUUCUACUUCUGAUCAUUGCAGUUUGUGAUUAUGUGUCAAAAUAAUGCAAAAUUAUUUUCAAAUUCAAUGAUCAUUAUUUCCAGCUAAUGAACCCAUUGACAGUUACCAAGUGGGUAGGUUUUCAUUUUCAUUGUAAUAUUUGCAAUUGAUAUUUUCUCUGGUGAAGCUAGCUGUAUGAUGAGAAGUGUUAUUUUCAGUGUCGGUGAGUUUUUGACUCCCACUUUACCCUCAGGGUUUUGGCAUCAUGAAUAUUCAAAUGUUUAGUCCACUUUGAUGUACAGUACUACACAAUACUGCUCGCCUGAGCAUUCUGCCGACACCUGUGACGUGUGCUGUUAUUGUCAAUGCCCUUGUAGUAUAGUACUACUGCUUUCAUUGAUCAUUUCUGUAAUGUUCCCACUCUACCCCUCACCUUAGAGUUGUGAUAUGUGAGGAAAAGGCCUCAAAUACUCCUGAUGUUAGGUCUGUGACCCACCUCCAAUACUAUUUACCGGACAAAUCAGCUUGUCUUCUUGACUGAACCCUAAAUUGCUACAAAAACACAGCGUUGAAUAUCUUAGUAGCACUGAGUGGUGAAAUCGGUGUAUUUACAUAUUUGCUCAUUCAGAUUUUUAUAUUUUUAUUUUUUUUUAACAUUUAAAUGUUUUGCAAUAAACUGCAUGUGUACCCUACAUUACAAUCUCAUUUUAUUUAAUAUAAAUUCAAUAUAAACAAUGUUUUCUUUCC